GUCUUAUGUAAAACAGCAACAUUGUGAGAGCGAUAUCAAACUGUUGUAUUAGAUUCAUUCUUAUCGGUAAUCGUGGUCACGAAGAACGACAAAGAUGGCGAAUAAUGUAACUGGAAUGUUUCUCCGAAAAGAAGUCGAAGAACUGCGUAAGAAAGGCGAAGACUGGGGUCUCAGCAAAGAACAAAUUGACGAAGCGAUUCUUCGAGCACUUGGAGAAAGAUCUCCAUCAGGUCCUAAGAAUCGAAGCAAAACCAAGGCAAAGAAACACAGUUGUUUCAGUGUCUGCUUAAAGUUGACAGCAUUUGUGAUGCUAUUGCCCAUUCUUCUCUAUACCAUAGUUACAGUGAUCACUGUAACAAAUGCAUCCUUUGCAUUGUACAUUGGGCAACUGACUGCGGAUUAUCAGUAUCCACUGCAACGUUUUGUUCGUCUUAUGGCAUUACCACUGCACCAGUUCUACGACUUUACAAAGCUAAGUGCCUGGGACUGCAUGGUAGAUAACCCUUUGUAUGUUCCAGAAAAACCUGAUUGUGUGAUAUGCAGUGAAGUGAAGACAAUUGCCAGCCGAACUAGUGCGAAUCUGACCAAAGCUGCCUUCAAGAAUCGAUUUUAUGAUAGUGCGUCACCUGUUGUGGUGAGGGAUAUGCCAGGUUAUAGGGAUGCAGAGCACAGUUUUGAAAAAUUCAUGGAAUUUUAUCGUUCUCAUCAAGCAGCUCUGGAGGAGGAUACAUGUGAGCUAAGGAAAAAUGGAGUCACCAAUGAAUCAAUCCAAAAUGUUGCAGAAUUUCUUGGGAAGUGGGACCAUUACCAGCCUAAUGGAGACAUCAUAGGGUGGAAAGUUUGUUAUGGACAGGGCUUGAGAUUGUUACGAUCCAUGUUUCCUCGCCCGUACUGUAUCCAUAGUGAAGGUGCUUUAGACAAAUGGGUUUAUCUCUUACAACCAACCCAGGAAAUAACAGAAAGUAACCCUCAGCCAAUGACAGAGGUGGCACAAGGCACAUUUGACAAUGUAUGGAUGGCCCAAGUCACUGGUGCAACACAUGUGAAUCUUGAGCCAGUCGAGGACUGCCAAGACAAUUGUGAGAAGUUUGAGUUUACACUUAAACAAGGAGAUGUCUUUUUCUUCUCCCAGCAUACUUGGGUGGUCAAUUUUCAGAAUCAAGGCAAAGAACCUGCAAUGGUGUUCACCUCUUCAUUUGCUUAAUAAUGCCCUAGGAAAUAAACUCCAGACGGAAAUAGAUACAACUUAAGCUAAUUACAACGUAAUGCUGAUGUAAUGUGUUAGGUAAAAUGGAAAGUGUUUUGUGAGAAGGGUUACUGAACAAUAAAGACAUUGAGAGACUGAAGAA